UAUCGAGACAUACAUAUUUUGGAAUGCACAUGAGCCAAUUCGAAGGCAAUAUGAUUUUAGUGGAAAUUUGGAUUUUAUUAAGUUCAUUAAAACCGUGCAAGAUGAGGGUUUGUAUGUUAUCCUUCGGAUUGGACCAUAUGUUUGUGCCGAAUGGAACUACGGAGGGUUUCCGGUUUGGUUGCAUAACAUGCCUGGCAUUGAGCUUCGGACGACAAAUGAAGUAUUUAUGAAUGAGAUGCAAAACUUCACCACUUUGAUAGUGGAUAUGGUGAAGGAAGAGAAGCUAUUUGCAUCUCAAGGAGGCCCAAUUAUUCUUGCUCAGAUCGAGAACGAAUACGGAAAUAUUAUGAAGUCGUAUGGAGACGCCGGCAAGACAUAUAUCAAUUGGUGCGCUACUAUGGCCGAGUCUCUUAAUAUUGGUGUCCCAUGGAUUAUGUGCCAACAAGAUGAUGCUCCCCAACCUAUGAUAAACACUUGUAACGGCUUCUACUGUCACGAUUUUGUGCCAAAUAACGCAAAUAGCCCCAAAAUGUGGACAGAAAAUUGGCUUGGAUGGUUUAAAGCUUGGGGUAACAAAGACCCACACAGACCUGCUGAGGAUGUUGCAUUUGGUGUUGCUCUGUUUUUCCAAACUGGUGGAACUCUCAAUAACUAUUAUAUGUACCAUGGUGGAACCAAUUUUGGAAGGACUGCUGGUGGUCCGUACAUUACCACAACAUACGAUUAUGAUGCCCCACUCAAUGAAUAUGGGAGCCUGAGCCAGCCAAAAUAUGGUCACUUGAAAGAGCUUCAUGAUGUGUUGCAUUCUAUUGAGAAAAUUCUCACUUAUGGCAAUAUUUCAACCAUCCAAUAUGGUAACUCUGUAAAUGCAACCAUUUAUUCCUACAAGGGAAACUCAAGUUGUUUUUUCAGCAACCAAAAUUCCACAUCAGAUCAUACAAUCAAGUUUGAAGGAGUUGAGUACAAAAUCCCAGCAUGGUCUGUUAGCAUACUCCCGGAUUGCAAGAAGGAAGUGUACAACACGGCCAAGGUUAACACUCAAACAUCAGUGUUGGUGAAAAAGAGUGAUGAUGAUGGUGAGAAGCCUCUUCAAUGGAGUUGGAGAGGUGAAGAAUUAUUCAAAACUAUGCAAUUUGGAAAAGGCCAUGUUUCUACUAAACAUCUCUUGGACCAAAAGGUUAUGAAUGAUGUUAGUGAUUAUUUGUGGUACAUGACAAGUGUUGAUUUGAAGAAUGACAUUGUGUAUAGCCACAAUAUGAGCCUUAGAAUCAAUGGGACAGGCAAUGUGUUGCAUGUUUACAUCAAUGGGAAACAUGUUGGUUCUAAAUGGGGUAACUACGACGUUACUAAUGGUAAUGUCUAUGAGACUAAAGUGAAGUUCAAAAAGGGGAGAAACCAAAUUUCAUUACUUAGUGCCACAGUUGGACUCAAGAACUACGGGGCCCACUUCGACACGGUGAAGACCGGUCUACCCGGCCCGAUCGAAAUAAUCACCACUCGCGACGACGAGACCAUCACGAAGGACCUAUCGGGCCACAAAUGGUCGUACACGACCGGACUCCAAGGAUUCGACAAGAAACUCUUCAAGCCGACCUCAACGAUAUCGAGAUCAAACGACCUCCCGAUCAACCGUAGCAUGACGUGGUACAAAGCGGCCUUCAAGGCCCCAUUGGGAGAGGAGCCGAUCGUCGUCGACUUGCUCGGACUAGGUAAGGGCGAGGCGUGGGUGAACGGCCACAGCCUCGGCCGCUACUGGCCGAGCUACCUGGCCGGGAACUGCUCGGACGAGGAGGCCUGCGACUACCGCGGGAAGUACUCGUCCGAGAAGUGCCAGACCGGGUGCGAGGAGCCGUCCCAGAGAUUCUACCACGUGCCUCGUUCUUUCCUGAACGAGGCCGGGGAUAAUGAGAUUGUGCUUUUUGAGGAAUUUGGCGGGAACCCGACUCGGGUCGGGUUUAGGCGGGAAAUUGUUGGGAGCGUUUGCGGGGCCGCGCACGAGAACCGGACCAUGGAGUUGUCGUGCCCCGGCCGGACCGUGUCCGCGGUCCGGUUCGCCGGUUUUGGGGAUGUGAGGGGGAGUUGUGGAAGCUUCCGGAAGGGGUCUUGCACAUCUUCAAAUGAUGCACUCUCUAUUCUACAGGAAUGUGUUGGGAAAGAGACGUGUAGAGUUGAGGCUUCGGAGGGUGUGUUUGGAGCGACGGAAUGUGAGGAGGGGAUUUGGAAGAGGCUUGUGGUGGAAGCUGUUUGCUCUUAGUUUUUAUUUCUAAGUAUAUAUUUUUGCUGCAAUUGAUGUUUAUUCUCUACUUUUCUUUCAUGUUUCUUGCAAUUUCGUAGCUGGUUUUUAGCUUUGUUCUCUCAAACAAUUUCCGUUUUAAUCCAAUUCUAUCUUUUUUUGCA